UUUUGUUAUUCAAAAUAUUGGAUACAAAUAUUCAAGAUAUAGACGUUGCAAAUAUAAAUAUUCCAGAUAUAAAUAUUCAAGAUAUAAAUAUUCAAGAUAUAAACAUUCAAGAUAUAAAUGUUCAAGAUAUAAAUGUUCAAGAUAUAUUCAAUAGACUCAUUAGAUCUACUUUUAUCUAUACAGAAUCUAAUUUAGAAACUUUAUCAACUUGCUCAUUGCAAGUUGAUCAUAAAAUAUCACAAGAUUGUAAAUAUUGUAUAGCUAAAUAUACUUCUUCAACAUCUACUAGAACUUUAAAAGAACAUAUAAUUAAAAGUUUACAACCAUUUUCAGUAACUGAGGAAGAAUUAUUUAUAGAAAUGCCAAAUAAAUUUAAUCCACAUUAUAAAGUACCAAGUCACCAUUAUAUUAGUUUAUAUAUUACAAGAACAUUUCUAAAUCAUCAAGCAAAUUUAAGUAAAGAUCUGCAAAAAAUUUCAGGCAUGGUUGCAUUAACAACUGAUAUGUGGGCUUUCACAAAUAAUUAUUUUUUUUUAGGAGUAACUAUUUAUUGGAUAGAUAGUAAUUAG